AGUCCCACUAUUUGUUCAUAAAUGAGUAGCCCAAGAGUUGAUGGUGGGCGGUUUUAACUACCUGCCUUCCACCGUACUUUCACUGCUAUAUUUGUGUUGGCUACCUGAAGAUGAGAUGGCUGCCACCAGGUAACUCUGUCUGAGAAUUAUCUUGGAUACUGGUGCAAAUGUAGUGUGGUUAAUACGUUAAAACACAUUAUUCUUGACUUCCACUCUUUAGUAUUACAUUAAAAUUGUUAAUGUAUUUUAUUAUAAGUCUUUGUUUUUCAUAAAUGUAUAUAAAAUCAGAAUUUUUUGUAGUACACUUCCAUCUCAAUGUGCCAUGACGUACCUUUUGGAAAACUGAUUUAUGAUUUUGUCAUCGUUAUUGGCAACUGGAAAUAAACGUGAUCAUUUCCUGUCUGUGAGCUGUACUUUGUUUCCCAAACAAAAGCAUUCUGAUGCAUAUUGAGACAUCUCGUAAGGUGUAGCAGCUUUAAAGUUAAUGUUCUAGGUCAGCCGAAUAUAUGUUGUUUGACAAAAACUGAAUACAAUGACUGAAGUUAGGCAGGCUCAAGAGAGAGACCAAGAAGAUUGGAACGUGUCAUGUAGUGAUGAAGAAAAAUAUUUUGGGAUCAAAGAAGAAAAUGUUUCCAACCAAAACUGGCAACCCAAAGCAGAAGACAUUGUCCGUUUAUACAACAUCUUAGAUAAACGAGGUAUUAUUGAACUAGAAUGGCAUUGUCCAGGUCGUCGCUCACCGAGUGUCCAUUCAAAUGAAUCAGAAAGCAUAGACAGAAGAAUGCCGGAAAUUGAAGACAGUAAACAGCUUGAGCCUAAUGAAUUUGAUUUUGAUGAUGAUGGGAAUGAGGUAACAACACCUAAAGUCACACCAAGGCACCGUUCUACACCAGGAAGUAGUGCUCAGAAAAGAGUAGCAAGACUUGAAAAAGUGAUGUUGGACAUCCGUCGUCACAGGAGGUUGGACGAGCUAGAAGGUCAAACUCCUAAGAAGGGAUCAAACAACAACUUCGGGAACAUUGCUAUAACAGAGACCGACUAAACAUGUGUAAACUAAGACCAGCUAACUGGAUUUCAACAAGAAAAUGAACUUAUCCCAAAACAUUAAAAGUAAUGCUAUUUGGAAGCCUAUGUAGUGUUGAAAUGAUUGAAAGAAGAAAGUAUACAACUUUGAAAAGUUGCUGUAGAUGUACAGUUGAUGUAAAAGCUCACAAGGUGACAAAAAAUCAUUCAAGUCAUCAUUUAGGCUACUCUCUAACACUUAAAAGAAUUAUCUCAUAAAUAACUUAAAGCUUUUGUUGUUUUUUUUACAUGGUUAUCCUUAAAAGCAGUUUCUUAUUCUGGAAUAGUACUGCAUUGAAUCACAUUGUAAUACGUCAACUUACGAAAAGUCAGUUGUCUGUUUUGUAAAUAAUACUCUCAGAUGUGUGUAGAGUUUUGUUACGUUCUGUGUCAUGGAUGGCUAACUUUUUUUAUGCUUGUGAGCCAGUUUCUUACCUAGACUGUAGUCUGGAGACUGAAACUAUAUGACUGCUUAAAGUACGCUCAGAAUAAUUGUGUGAUUUAUAUUUUAAUUCCUACUGUCUACUACAGAUCCUCAAUUAAUUCUGUGGUUUUGAAUAAAUAGCUGAGUUAAGUCCUCAGAACUGUCACAGGACUGGUUUGUUGGUCAUGGUUUCAUUUUCUGUUUUUGUUUUUGUUUUGACAGUUUAGCCAAACUAAAAUAUGAUUUUAAAAAACGGUCUGAAUCUGGUCUGCGGACUGCCAGUUGGCCAUCUAUGUUCUAGAUACUUAACUUCUGAAAUGUUAUUCCAACAUUUUAAGAACAGGUGAUAGAAGCUGUUAAAGUCACUUUCACUCUGAACAACCACAAAGGACUAUUUUCAACACAACGUGAAUGUAUCCUUUCAACAUUCAUAUGUAUAUCUAACAAACAACUGAACAACUGUAAAGUAAAAGCCUGAACCACAACAUAAGGUAAAUUGCUAGACAAGAAUAUAUUUCUUACCAAGAAGUAAAUCAGUAAGAGAUGAGAAUGUAGAUUUUGUGCUUCCAAAGAUUAUGUUUUAUUACUUGUAUUAAGUUAUUUUAUUAUUCCACUGCUCAGCACCACACAAAUGUGCAUUUUAUCCAAAUCCCUAAAACUUAAACACUUUGAAUCUUUGCUUCAGUGAAAAAAAAGGUCUAUGUCUUUAAACUAUUCUUUUUAAGUGCAUCAAAACUGUACACAGUACUCUUAAAGAGAUAAUUUUCUGUCUUAAAUCAAUUUAAAACAUAUAAUAACAAAUCCAAAAACUCUCAAAGAAUCUAAAGCUAUCAGAGAUGGUUUCACAUAAGGGAUAGUCUUCCAAUACAAUACAAUAUCUCACCUCCUCUCACAAAAUAGCUUCUCUCGACUCGCACUGCCCUCUAUCGUCACAAAUUCUCAACGUACGCCACUAGCCUUCUGCUUCUACAUAUCCACAUUCAGCAACUUUCCACCAAUAGGAGCGUGACACCCCUCCUAUCAUAACUAGUGCCCCUUUUUACAUCUGUACUCGUUAAUAACUUCUCAAUUGGCAGUAUUGCUGGUUUUUACUCACGGAUUUGUUGAUUUGUUAUAUUAUUGAUUUUUUUUUUAUUAUUAUCACUAUUUACCAAAAUCUUUGCGUUUUGGUAUUGUGAAUAGUUGCUUUUUUUUUCUUACUUUUUCAGGGGCCUCUUUGCUAGUGUAUAGUGGAUCCCACUCUGUGUGACAAGUGGUGCCUGAUCAGGUAUACCUUUUUUUUGUUGAAAAUCCACACUGUCUACCUUGUGACCAUGCCCGAUGUCAAUUUCACUGUAGCCCUUCCUACUGCGGACUUGAUGUACAAUUCCAGAUAUCACUGCUUUUCAAAAUAGGGUGUCACAGUCACCCAUUGUACUGUCUCUGGUGGUGCAGUCCAAUGCGUUCCUCCCCCCCUUCUUCUAGUGGAGUGCGGAAGUUCUUACCACUUGCCAGUUCCUAACCACUGGGGUGGUGGACCAUGAGGGCUUGUCCUCCUGAUGAGUCAUACCACUUCAGUUGAGAGUAUGGUGGCAUUCUGCAGGUGUCUCUGGCAUAUCGCACUUCCUAACACGGACCAAAUGUACAGAUCCAGAUGCUGCCAAGUUUUGAUUGUAACACAAUGCAGUAUUCCUGUCUAUAUAUACGACCAUGGCAUUCCUCCUUCCUACGAUCCUCUGGAUGUACAUUCUCCUAUUGGUGUAGAGCUAUUGCAUGAUUGUUUGCAUAUGGAUAUGCAGAAGUGGGAGGUGGAAGGCUAGUGGCAUGCGUUGAGAAUUUGCGCCGAUAGAGGGCAGUGCUAGUCGAAAACCUCUAUUUUGUGAGUGGAGGUAAGUUUCUAUGGGAAAUACAUUUUUCAGUGUAGGAAAAUGCUAACUUCAUUACAUCACUUUUUAACAUUGACCCAUAUGUUCUGUGUCUUGUCUACAACUAAAACUUAUCACGCCCUUCUAAGUUAUACAAACCAUUAUCAACAGUUUCAACUUAAUGUGUUCUUGUCUACAACUUAAAACUUAUCACGCCCUUCUAAGUUACAUAAACCAUUAUCAACAGUUUCAGCUUGUUCUUGUCUACAACUUAAAACUUAUCAUGACCUUAAGUUACAUAAACCAUUAUCAACAGUUUGAACUUAAUGUGUUCUUGUCUACAACUUAAAAACUUACCACAUCCUUCUAAGUUACAUAAACCAUUAUCAACAGUUUCAACUUAAUGUGUUCUUGUCUACAACUUAAAACUUAUCAUGACCUUAAGUUACAUAAACCAUUAUCAACAGUUUCAACUUAAUGUGUUCUUGUCUACAACUUAAAACUUACCACAUCCUUCUAAGUUACAUAAACCAUUAUCAACAGUUUCAACUUAAUGUGUUCUUGUCUACAACUUAAAACUUAUCACGACCUUAAGUUACACAAACCAUUAUCAACAGUUUCAACUUAAUGUGUUCUUGUCUACAACUUAAAACUUAUCACGACCUCCUAAGUUACACAAACCAUUAUCAACAGUUUCAACUUAAUGUGUUCUUGUCUACAACUUAAAACUUAUCACGACCUCCUAA